UGCAAUAAUAACUACAAGAUUUUUAAGAAAAUAUAUUAAGUGGUUGCCAAAUAAUUAGUCAAAUAUGCAAAUCAUUCAAUACAGUCUCUUCAUAAACAUUAAAUGUCUACCAAACAAAAUAACUUUACUUUCUAUACAUCUAUUUUCCUAUAAAUAUAUUGUGCACGUGCAUGGUUUUAUCAAGACACAAAACUAAAUAACCUAUAAGAAACCAAACACUCCGGUUCCAAAAACGUGACGAUGAAAAACACAAAGGGAAAGCAAAAGAUCGAGAUGAGGGAAGUGGAGGACUACGAAGACAGAAUGACUACGUUUUCGAAACGCAAAGCUGGGAUUUCAAAGAAGCUGAACGAGAUCGUUGCGCAAUGCGAUGUGGAAGCAGCUUUGUUGGUUUUCUCUCAAGCCGGAAAGCCUCACACAUUCACACAUCCGUCUAUGGAAGUUGCUGUUGGUCGAGUGAAGAGCCAUUUGAGAAAUGAACCAUCCGGGAAAGACGACACCAAUACUGCUGGAUCACUGGUGGAAGCUUAUAAGAGACAAAAGAUCGAAGAGCUUAAGAAACGGUUUGUUGAUUUGGCUGAAGAGUUAGAGAUGGGAGAGGAGAAAGAAAAACAAUUGAGGGAAUCGAAAAGUGAAAAGAAGUUAGAAGAAAAGUGGUGGAAUGAUGAAGGCUCGAGCGUGGAGGAGUUGAAGCAGAUGCACCAAAAUUUUGUGGAGUUAAAUGUUAGCUUAUGCGGUACGGCUACACAAGAAAAAGACGGUGAUGGCUCAUCUUCUGAUCUUGCGAGACGUGGAUAUCCAUGA